AUGCCAAAGAGAUCCAUUGCUGCACCAUCACCCGCGCAAGCGAGGCGACAUGUGUCGCCUUUGCAAGCUCACCCCCUUAAUUAUAUGGCAAAUCAUUCUGAUCAUUCUCGUCCUGCGGGCUCGCAGUCUCAAUUUGCGACUGCCAAGCGACGGGUAACAUCCUGCGCUUCUUGUCGUAAGCAGAAGAUCAAAUGUGAGCUGUUAACGGAACGCCCGCCAUGCGAACGGUGCAAGAGACGCAAUAUAGAAUGCGUCAUCAACACCGGCCUCCGUAAUUCGAUUCUCGAUCAAAGGCAAAUAGCUGUAUUGGGACGAGACUUAAACAAGGUUCACUCGACAAUGGAGAUGGUAUGCGAAAGAUUGGGACUCGACCUUCCACAGCCGCUUGAGUCAGCGCAUAGUAAUCUAAGCACCAACACUGCUAUCCAGGACGGAGAAUCAGACGAUGGCGAGGAAGGUCUCUACGAACCAGCACAGAUAGAUGCUCCUACUACCGUGGUGGCCCCUAUCGACGCGUACCUCUCUAAACAGGAAUCUCCAUCUAGUGGACAGGGUCAGGCUGUGGCGGCAGUCUCCUUACAGCACAGGAAGCCAGACCUUAUCAGUAAAGGCCUCGUCACGUUUGGGGACGCAGAUGUUCUUGCAAAACAUUACAUCGUUGAGCUGGAUCAUAUCGUCUAUGGGUUCGUGAGGGAUCACAAGACUAUCCACAGUCUUCGAGACGCAUCUGCAGCUCUGAUUGCAGUUAUAUGCACCGUUGCGUCUCUUCAUCAUGUGGAUUACGGGCAUUUGUUUGAAACAUGCUAUCGCGAGUAUCGCCACGUCAUAUCAUCAACACUGUUCGAGAAACAGGAUGUGGAGCACAUUCGCGCGUUGUGCAUAGGGUCCUUUUGGCUCCCCGGUUCAUCAAGAAUCUUGUUAUGCGAUGCGGUUCGUCGAGCCGGUGACUUGAGGCUUCAUCGGCACAUUCUCAAGACCAUCAAUCUUACUGCAUCCUGUUCACUAAGCCCGCGUACCGGCAUCACCACGGACCAAGCAGAGUCGCGCGAUCGUGUCAGGCUAUGGUAUGGCUUGUUCAUGUGCGACCAGCAUCAGUCCAUCCUAAGUAACAGAGAGUCUCUUCUACCGCUACAUCUCGAUGUCCUAGAGAAAAGAGAAGAGUACCUGAAAAGUGAUGCAUCCAUCAACCAUGACCUACGACUCGUCGCCCAGUCCUCAUUGCUGCUGAUCAUGGCGAGAAUCAAGCGCGAAUUUGGAUCAGAGUAUACUGCGCAAGUCCCCGAAUCAAUAGCUCCCGAAUUUUUAAAAUUCUCCGCAGAGCUGGACGAGUGGAUUGAAAAGUAUCGGCCUAGAUUUCAUCCUGACAUCGAAAUGGGCAAAUAUCCGUCACUCGCCUUUCGACUGCACUAUCUCUUUGCCAAACUGUACCUCGGGCACAAAGUCUUCCGUGGGCUGCAGGGAAACGCCUUUGCCAACACCUUUUUGGCGGCGGCAAGUUUGGCGCAUGAAUCAGCCGAGGGAAUUUUUCACAUGAUUCUCGAAGAGGAUGGCUUGCUCAAGAACCUAUGGAAGGUGCCGAGCUAUGUUCAUAUCAUGAUAUCCUUUGCGGGGCACCUUCUGUUGGAGCUUUGUGUCAAGUACAGGAAGCCACUGGGAAUUGACGUCAAGGAGAACUACCGAAUUCUAAACGAUGUGGUCUCCGCAAUGAGGGAUAUCCGGCUGACUUGCUCUCAUCCACUUGCGCGCGUGAUCAUGGGGCUACAAAAGAGAUUAUUCGACUUUACAGCCUUGUACGGGAGGGAGAAUUUAUCGGAGGUAGCUGAGCCCGACCUGCAAGAGAAGAAUGUGGGUUUCACAGGGGGCUUGCCGCAGAAUGCACCCAUAUGCGAUGACGUCGUAACAGAUAUGGUGAAUGAAUCUUUAUUUACCGGCUUGGGGGAUUUUACUACGUUUCAAGAUUUUGGGGUGGGCAAUGCUGGCCUAUGGAGCGUAUAA